AUGCCCCAGACCGGACCACCGGUCACAUCCGAAGUGUUUGCGGUCCUCGCGCUAGCCGCAAUCUCCAUCAUCGUUGUGCUAAUCCUGCGACACUACCUCCCCCUGCGCACCACGCCGGCCUACCUGCUCGUGCCUGUCUUCUUCGCGCUCGCUCUGCCAGCUAGCAUGGUUCUGCUCGUUCCGAUCGACCUCGCCUCGGCAACAAAGUCCCCGGAGACGUCUGCCAUCAUUCUUCCACACCGCGCGAUCCUCGUCGCCUGGCGCAUCGCCUACUGGCUGACCUUCGCCCUCACAUGGUUCAUCCUGCCUGUCCUGGGCGAGUACAGCGACUCGGGCUACCGUGAGCCGCGCGAAAAGCUGGAGGACUCGCUGCGCGCCAAUGCACAGUACUAUGCGAUUAUGUUCGGUCUGGGCAUUGUCGGAUUGUUCUACGUCUUCCUCUCGUACGGGCACUUCUCGACCUCGCUCAAGAGCACCGUCAUGGCGCUGGCAUACUGCUGGGGUUUGGCGCUGGCCAUAUAUUUAAUGGGUCAUGGGCUGGUGGCUAUUCCGAAGAGGCUAGUUCGCUGGGCGGAUGUGCGUGGUCGACUGAGGAGGAUCUAUGCGCGCGCACCUAAGGUCUAUGACAAGCUGAAGGAUGCUGAAAUGGCACUCGAGGAGCUGGAGGCCCAGGUCGCGGAGCUGAGCCGGCGGAAGGGUGGUAGCGCAAGCCUGUUCCAGGACUGGAUCGAGGAGCUCGUUGACCUGACGAACCUCCCCGAGUCCCAGCCCGGCCGCGUCGCCCCCGUCGCCCCCGUCUCGGCCUCCUCCUCUGCCCUUCCAAACGUCAUUACCGCCAAGUUCCUCGCCAGCCUAACCCAGCGUCUCCUCCACGCUCGUCACUCCCGCACCCGCUACGCAGCCGAAUGGUCCCGUCUCCUGCGCUCGGCCGUCCGCACCCAAGCCAUCGUCGAAAGCGCUGCGUCCAAACGCCUGGUCUUCACCAACGACCCGUCUACCCUCUGGUCCCGCAUCUCCCCCCUGACCCCGUACACCCGACAUCUCCUGCACUUCUACCUCCUCCCCUUCCUCUCCCUCGCCUUAGGCGCCGUUCUUGCCCUCGCAUCCUUCGUCAUCGUCUCAUCUGAACUGCUCAAGCCCUUCUUCCCGCAUGCAGCGCCCAUCCGGUUGACAGUCCUCUCCUCCGGAAACAAAAUCGCCCUCUUCCCAGGCCAAGCCAUCUCCUCCUUAUGCCUCUCCUACAUGUCCCUCGCCACACUCUACUCCCUCACCGAACUCCCCUUAACAAUCUGGCGCGGCCGUGCCUUGGUCAGGCGCAACACCUCGCACGAAUCAGCCUUCUGGUACGCAAGCCAGAUCGCGCGUCUCGGUGUCCCGCUCACCUACAACUUUGCCACUUUGCUGGGGGAUGAGGUAUACCACCGCACGGUGUUCUACAAUUUCUUGGGUAGUGGCAUCAACCUUACCCCUUUAAGCAGCUGGUUCGAUUGGCUCUUCCCCGUGUUCAUUCUCUUCCCUGUCGGGAUGGCCCUAGGCGGGGUGUACGGCCGGGUUAGACGGGUCUGGGGUGCUUGGCUAUACGCUGAUGACGACGAAGAGCUUAACGGGGGAGAAGGUGACUGGCUCGGUGGACGUGCGCUUAUCGAGCGCGAGGUGCAAGGCACCCGGAGGGCAGAUCUUUUCAAUAAUGCCUACCGUGACCGCUCCCCCUUGACACCAUCUUCCCCCAUUCCCGGGCGGAGUGCGACGUCCUCGCCCAGGCCGACCACGCCCUUCGCUACCUCCCCUAAUCAGUCGUCCUACCUCUCAGUCUCCCGUGUUGGCUCAUCCCGGCCACAGGCAAACACCUCUGCUCGAAGAACACUCACACUAGGAACGUUCUCUCGCGACAGGGGGAGGAUAGAUGAUCCUGAGGAUGAUGACGAUCCUGAGAGGGAAGGUUUAUUGUCUGAAUGGACGCACCGCGUGAAGAAUACCAUCGAUACUCUGGAACCACCAAGGUGGCUAUCCGAGCUGGGGCAAGGGUUCAGGAGGCCUAGGUGGUUAGCGGGGGGAGAAACACUGCCAACCAACAGGAGCAGGAGUAGUGGAGAAGGCCCGGGUGAUAGUUUUAGGAGAUGGUUUGGUGGAUCGAGUGGAGGGAAUACUAGGUUCUAG